AAAAACUUGGCCCUGUGUGUUUUAGCUCCACUUUUUCGCACAUUUAUUUGUGAAAGCAGCGUUCUCAUCAUCCGGGGACCAUUUACUCAAAUCUGUGCUCGAACCUUUGGCAAAAUAUCAUUGUUGUCGUUGAAGCAAAGCUAAAAUUCGCAGAACACACGAAAGUUACAGUGCGCAGAAGCCUCCACCUCUAGUUACAAUAAUGGCUCUUAAUCCGAAUUAUGAAGACAUCGGCAAAACUUUCAUCACGCAAUACUACGCUCUGUUUGAUGAUCCCGCCAACCGGCCUGGACUGGUGAAUUUGUACAACGCAGAAUUAUCCUUCAUGACGUUUGAAGGACAACAAAUCCAAGGUGCUGCCAAAAUUUUGGAAAAAAUUCAGGGUCUCGCAUUCCAGAAGAUUCAACGUGUAUUGACGGCAGUCGAUAGUCAGCCAAUGUUUGACGGAAGCAUUCUGAUCAAUGUACUUGGCCGGCUACAAUGCGACGAUGAUCCGCCCCAUGCAUACUCACAAACAUUUGUGCUGAAACCCACCGGAACUUCGUUUUUCUGUGCCCAUGAUAUGUUUCGUUUGAACAUUCACAACUCUGCUUAAAAUUGAUCACAUAUCGAGGUGUAAAGCUUGUUAUCGCGCAUUCCAUUUUUUCAAAGCACAGCUGAUGCUACCUACUAUUUGCAAAAAAUAUAUAGACAAAACUGUUGUAAAUCUUGCUUAUAAUGCAUCAGUAAUGUUUUGAAAAGAAAUAAAAGAAAAAAAAUUUCGAAUUAAAUAAACCUAACCUAGAAA